CCACAGAGAGCUGUCGCCCAAUCAGUCUCGGCUCCGGCCAUCGUGACGGGUGACGCUUGCCUACGUUCGUAAGCAGGAGGACAUUGACUUUACUUAACCCUCGUCUCCUGCCGUGUGUGUUCGGCAACUAAUCAAAACAAACACCACCUGUAUCGUUACACCAACGUAUCGUCAAGCGGACAACAUGAACAACCUGAUCCGAGCGAGCGUCCGCUGUCUGCGGGCGGGCAGCACUGCGGGGUACCCGUCGAUGCGGCUCCCCGCUGGGCCGGUGUCGUUCACCGCUGCCCGGCUCCUGUGCGCCGCCACGGACAUGCAGCAGACCCUGGGGGAGAUGGUGAAGAAGGACAAGGUGGUGGUGUUCAUCAAGGGGACCCCCGCCCAGCCCAUGUGCGGCUUCAGUAAUGCGGUGGUGCAGAUCCUCCGGAUGCACGGGGUGGACGACUACGCAGCGUACAACGUGCUGGACGACCAGGACCUCCGACAAGGCAUCAAGGAGUUCUCCAACUGGCCCACCAUCCCCCAGGUGUACCUCAACAGCGAGUUUGUGGGCGGCUGCGACAUCCUGCUGCAGAUGCACCAGAGCGGAGACCUGGUGGAGGAGCUCAACAAGAUGGGCAUCCGCUCGGCGCUGGUGGAGGCCGAGAAGGAGUCCAAGUAGCCCCGCCCCCCGCCGCCGCCGCCGCCGCCGCCGCCGCCGCCGCCGACCCACCCGGACACUCAGAGGAACCGACUCCCAGACGAACCACGGCCACCACCUGACCGGCCGCCGACCAGAGCCAAUCAGCACCGAUCUUUAUCUUAAUUUAGUUAUUUCCUGACGUGGGGAGGAAGGUACACUGAUUGGUUAGCAGGUGCCACCACUUAUCUUGAUGACGAGGGGGAGGGGGGCAUCACACCAGGGGUUGGGGUGCCCGAACGCUGACGUUCUGACGUUGGUAACAUCCAAAGGUAAUAAGCGUCAGAGUGUCAAAUCCAACGCGAAUACCAACUGCCACCGACCCCAGCCCCCUUUAGUAAGGAUAUGUUUACACCAGGUGGGGGUUUUACACCUGGUGUGUGUGCGUUGGAAACUUAACAAGCCCGGUGGAACCUUUUGGAGAAACGACCUACAAGUCUGAAUGACAGAGCAUUUGAAUACUAUUCCUGUAAGGGCCCUUCUCCCCCCUCGUCCCUGACCCCUCCUCCCCCCUUCCCUAGAAGGCUCUUGAUCCUGCCGUUUAUAGCACCACUUCCUGUUAGGGUUCAAACCCAGUGUGACGGCAGCCAGGAAGUGAUGUCACCGUCCCCGUCUUAUUUCUACUACACUAAACCAACGGGGAACGAUACUGUUCUGUUUAAACAGGGUCUUAUUCUUAUAUAUCGGGUUCAUUUCUUUGUUUUUUUUAAUCCCAGACAAAGGAUUAUUUUUCUAGAUCAGCUCGGAUAUUUCCAUGAUAGUUUGCUUUUACAAGCAAUAGUAUCUUUGAAGAAGCAGAUUAUUACAUAAUAGCCAAUAGCGACACGGUAAAGUUUGCCAAUGGUUACAUCUAACGUAGUUAAAGGCGGGCUUUACUAUUCAUGAAUAACAAGUUCAUAUAAACCACUUGAUUGACAGCAGGGUGCAGCAAUGAUUACACUGUGUAUGCAAGCCAUGUUUGUUUGUAUCCUAUUAACCCUUUCCUCUCACCAACCGCAGUCAGUUGGUCAACUGUCUAAUGAAAUGGUCCAAACGCACCCUCAUCAUGUGUACACUCUCCGAAACUUAACAGUCUUCCACCUCCACCGUUUUGUUUCUCCUAGUUCAAAAUGGCGGUCUCGGAAAUGGACAAGACAACACCUUGGUCUAUCUGUCUGUCCUGGUCUGUGGUCAGUUCUUUCUGUGUGAGCGCUGAAGCUCAGCGCUCUGCUUCACACUGUUGGUAUUUAAGUGACGCUUGUGGUGUGCACUGUAAGAUAAUUUAUAUUGAGAUAUUACGUGUAUUUCAGUGGCACAUUGAACUGUUUAUCAAUAAAAAAAAUAUUUUGCCAUGA